ACAUAUGUUUAUGAACGUUCUAAUGUUGGUACUAUCUGUCGCUACGCGCGAGAGAAUACGAGGCGACGAUCAUCGCCGGUCACUGUCGUUUAUUGAUUUCCUGGCUUUAUAGAGAUAUAUAUUUCUCGCAUAAAUACCGCGAGACACGAUGUGCCGGCGUGAUUGAGCAGGUACUUGUCGUUCGAGGACUCGUUUUGAUGAAGUCCGCAGAAAGUUCUUUGCGCGAAAAAAGGAAGACAGGAAAGACAGGAUUGUUUUUCGUGCGAGAGCUGUUUGAAGCAAAAGAAUGAAAUGCCAAUAGCAAUAAAAGAAAAAAAACCGAGAAAAUGAUUCAUCAGGGGAGCCCAAAUAUAAAUUUACGAAUGAACACGUUUCGAAUGAUUAUACGUUUCCGCAAUUUUUGUGGGAAUGUGAUGUACUUCGUGGAAUUGAUAUAAUUGAAUUCCAUCGCGUGGAUCGACGGUUUAUUAUCCAAAUUGUUCGAGAAAAACAUGACUGUACAUAUGAACGCCUAUGUGCUUUUUUAUAUUUAGAGAUGGCUGACGCGGAUCCACAAUUUAAACGCCUUUUACUGCCAGCGGAGGAAACUCUAUUUGAACAGUUGCUGAGAUUCGGUCUUUACGUAGGUGCAGUAUUCCAAAUCAUGUGCUUGUUAGCUAUAGUCGUGUAUCAGGCUGGUCCAUCCGACGGUGUGGCGGCUUUGAAGGAUGACCCAAGUGAUGUUGAAUGUUCCGAAAACAGUCCUCAAGUGACGCCAAGAAGACCUCAUCGGCCACGGAAGCAGGAGAAAAAGAAGAGGCGUUGAACUGUUUACAUUUCCUGCGACAUUACUUUGAUAUUAAUCUCAUAAUCUUAUAUCAGAUGUUUUUCAUUUCGUGACACAAGUUGUCUCUGUUAUUCAUGAAACGUAAAAAAAAGGGACGACGUUUGUAUCAACUGUAUUCCUUAAAUGAAAAAUCAUCAAUUAA